AUGCUUGCGGUACAGCAGCCACCACCGCAACCCGCGCUCACCUCCACAGCGCUACCCGCCGAGUCGAUCGCCCGUGCGCUGCCGGACCAAGUCCCCGAGAACGCACCCGAACACUGUCCCGGAACCGAGUCGGAACAGGCAGGCAAAGCAGAUGCCUGCGCAGGCUGUCCGAACCAAGAUGCUUGUGCAUCCGCGCCCAAGGGACCAGAUCCGGAUCUACCGCUCAUCCAGCAGAGAAUGUCGAGGAUCAAGCACAAGAUCUUGAUCAUGUCCGGUAAAGGUGGGGUUGGCAAGAGCACGUUUACUGCGCAACUGGGGUGGGCGUUCAGUUCGAGGUUCUCAGGACAUUUCGAGGAUGAAGAAGAGGAUAUCAAGCAUGCGACGAACGGUAGUUCAGCGCAAAAAGAGGAAGCAGAGAAGCAGGUCGCCAUCAUGGACAUUGAUAUUUGCGGACCUUCGAUCCCUACCAUUCUGGGUCUGGCAGGGCAGAGCAUCCAUUCGACAUCGCAGGGUUGGUCACCCGUCUACGUCUCUGACAACCUCUGCGCGAUGAGCAUCGGCUUCCUCCUACCAUCCGCUUCAUCCGCCGUCAUCUGGAGGGGUCCAAAGAAGAACGGUCUCAUCAAGCAGUUCCUCAAGGACGUCGACUGGACCGCAGGGCUCGAAGAAGAAGAAGAAGAGCAGGAGCAAAACAAACUUCAACCGGACUCCUCCCAGUCUGCAUCACCAUCACCACUGAUCGACUACAUGCUCAUCGACACACCUCCAGGUACAUCCGACGAACACCUCUCCAUCGUCUCCUACCUCAAACAGUCAGGUAUCACCGGCGCCAUCCUCCUCACAACACCGCAAGAGGUAUCGCUGCAAGACGUACGCAAAGAGAUCUCGUUCUGUCGUAAGAUGGAUGUACCCAUCCUGGGGAUCGUCGAGAAUAUGGCCGGGUUCGUGUGUCCGAGCUGCACGGGCUACAGCGAGAUCUUCUACCCGAGCACCGGUGGUGCAAAGGCGCUGUGCGAGGAGCUAGGGUUGACGUUCUUGGGAAGCAUACCGUUGGAUCCGAGGAUCGGGAAGAGUUGCGAUUUGGGUGUUAGCUUCUGCGACGAAUACCCGGAUAGCCCGGCGACGAAGGCGUAUGGAGACGUGAUCGAUAGGAUCAGGGAGCUGGUGGAUUGA